CCCAUGGUUACAUCAACAAACUCAUGUAUAUAUGGAUAUUUACAAACAAAUAAAUCUCUAAUUACUAAAAUUCCUGGAUCUAAUACUUUAUAACUACCUAUUACCAUUCCCACAAAUAUGAAUUCAACUAGUCCAACAUCUGGAACUAAUUCAACAUUAUCUCAUAGCACGGCUUCAAAUAUUUAAUCAAUUUCAUCUACAUCUAUUUCUAAAUUCAAAUAUAUCAACAAUUGUACGAACACCUAUUCCUACAGAUACUCUAGCUCCUAGAACUAAUUUCACUCUACCAUAAAUUGUUGUACUGCAAAUACACCUAAAAAUUUACCCAAAAGUGAAUCCAGAAAAGUAAAUACAAAUAUAAGUGCACAAAUAGUUAUUACUACAAUUACUCAAACACCUGACACUAAUUACAUAUUAGCAUCUACUAUAAAUCCUGAAAAUAUAUCUUCAGAUUUGUCUAUAUCUGCAAAUUCAAAUAUAAAUAUGGUUCAACCGAUAACUAUUAAAACUACUUCAUCAUCUGGAAAUAUAUUAACACUUGCAUUUACUAUCGUACCCGCGAAUAUAUUUGUAUAUUUAUUUAUAAUUGAGUACGGAAACGCAAAUAUAUCUUAAAUUUUACUUAUAUUUAUUCUUACAAAUUCAAAUAUACCUAAAAUUAAAUAAACAAUAUCUAAAAUUAUUCCAACACCUGGAGCUAAAUUACAAACAAAAAAUAUAUAUCCUUAUGCAAAUAAAUCCACAAAUGCAACUGUAUCUACUUUAUCUGCACAUACAGAUACAACUAAAACCACUUCAAAUACUGUGAAGAAAAUUCUACUUUUAAGAUUAAUAAACCUAGAUUUAAUUCAUAUAUGAAUAAUCCUUUCACAUUUACAAAAUUAAUACAUAGCUAAAACCAUACUAAUAAUAAUACAUUACAUAUUUCAUCUAAUAAUAUUCGAGGUACUCCCUAGUCACUAGUCCAAAAUAUAGUUACUGUAAAUACGUCUUCCAAUAAUUCUACUUGCAUUGAUAGCCUUCCCAAUUAGCGAAUCACCUUUUGGAAUUAUUUUUUUUUAUUGUUAUUCUGCAUAAAGUGACAAAAAAUUACUAUAAAUAUAUAUAUAUAUAUAUAUAUAUCACUGUAUUUCUUUUAAUUCUUGUUAUAAUUAUUACUUCAUUGUCAUUAAAAAUUUGUAUAUUAUAUAUUUACAAAAUUUAUAUUUAUAUAAUAGUAAGGUCCUAUUAGAUUUAUAAUUGGUAGUAAAAGACAAAAGAAAAGGAAAAAACAAAUAAAAUGCAAAAAUCAAAGAAAGCUCAAUGAAUUUUGUGGUAACGCCUUUGAAAAUUCUAUGUGCAUUGUUAGAUAGUAAUAUUCAAUCCAAUGAUGUAUAUAAUAGGACAAAUAAUUCGUUACAAAAAAUUAGAUAUGAAAAUGACAUAAAUAAUGCGCUUAUAGAAAAAUAAGAAGAAAAGGAAAAUGAAAACUUUAAAAAAAGUCAUAAAAAAGAAAAAACAGAAUAAAAUACAAAUAACGCAAAAAUAAAAAAUGAUGCUGCAGUGACGAGAAAAAAAUUAAAAUGGAAGACUAUAUUAAAAAUACAUAUGAUGGUAAUGGAUGAUUGCGAAAAGAAGAAAUGGGAAAAGAACAAAGGAGAAUUUUUUGAAGAUUAUUUGGUAGAAUUAAAAAAAGAAGGUAUACGUUCGUACGUAACAAUCAGAGAUGUAAUAAUGAAAAAAGAGAGAAGAUAACAUUAAUACUAUGUUAGAAAACAAAAUAAUCUGUGGGCUUAGUGCAUAAAAAAGCAUAAGAAUAUGUUAGAAAAAUGGAAAAAGGAAAAAUAGUUUGAAAGUUUGAAGAGGGAAUGGAAAGAGGAAGAAGUUAACUAUUAAGAAAUAAUAAAAAAAGAAAGAAUAAUAAAAAGUACAGAAAAUGAUAAUCCCAUAGAAAAACAAAAAAUAAUAUGGAAAAAAUACGUAAAAAAACAUGGAAAGUGGUUGUGUGACACUAAUGACUUAAAAAGUUUUAAUGAAUUGCUAAAGAAAUAUAAAAUAGAAGAAACGAAAGAAAAUAAAGGAGUAGAUAGUGAAGAAGGAAAUAUUAAAAUAUAAAGGGAAAAAAAAUCAGAUAAGGAUUCAAAGAAAAAUAAUUUGGCAUUGAAAUUAUGGAUUAAAACACAUUUGAUGAUAUUAGAAGAACAUAAAGAAGAGGAGAUGAUGAUGAACAGAGAUGAAUUUCAUAAAAUAUCCAUAGAAAAAUUGAAAAUAACAAUAAAUCCAAAAGAAACAUUAGAAAUAGAAAAAUAAAUAAGAAGAAAUAUUACAUUAGAAAAUAAAAAUGCAGAAUUAAAAAAAUUAAGGUGAGAAAAUUGAUUUCUUAAAUUGAAACUAUAUUGGAUUAACGAAGAAAAAAAAAUGUUA